UGCUGCAGAGAAAAAAUUUUCCACCGAAAACUAUUUUCAAAAAUACAAAAACAAAAACAAUUCGAUUAAGGAAUAUCAUUUUAAAAAAUCACGCAAAAAUCCAUAAGCACAAAAUGUGCUUCAACUACAAUUAUUGAAAAACAUUCAAAAAUCAAAGCAAAUUCAAAUAAUACAAAAAAAUGGAAGGAGAAAAGAUUUUAAUGGCUGCAGGUGUCACUGUGGCUGCCGUAGUUGGUGCUUUUGUUUUUUGGGGACCAUCGGGUAACCCAAGUUCGUCACGACUACGUCAGCGAAGAGGACAAAUUGCAGGCUUGCACAACUUUGGACGAACUUGUUUCCUCAAUACUCUGCUGCAAGCUUUGGCAGCAUGCCCACAAUUCAUAGCUUGGUUACAAUUGUAUAAUGGAGUUUCGAUGGAUAAAAAAAACCUAAUCACAUCAUUGUUAAAUACUCUGGAGAUUGUGAAUGGAACUCAUCCAACUUUAAGGGGAGAUCCCUAUUCCCCUGGCGCCGUGAUACGGGCUUUGAACGCACUGCGUUGGGUUAUACCACAAGGCGAACAAGACGCACAUGAAUUGUUGCAUGUAAUGUUGGCUUCCUUGGAAGAGGAAUCAACAAGACCGAAGAAAGUCGGUUGCUUGUCUGAUGCUCUAUUGCCUGAAGAUGGUGGUGGCAAUGGCAAACAGGAACAAUUGAUGCCGCCUCAGAGGCCGUCAAGUGCUCUCCUUUCGGAUUUUCUAAAUGCGGAAUAUGAUGAGUCGACAAAUUUGAUGCGGCAAGUGAGAUCGGAGGCACAUACGCCGGACUCUCCUGCUUCAAUUUGUGAUGAAGAGGGCGAGGAUCGGAUUAAUGGGUCUAGAUCUCUUAUGAUGGAUAUGAAUGAUGAUCCAUCAAUGUCACCGAAUCUUAGUUUGGCUAGUCAGCGACAGAGUCGAUGUCGUUCGGUUCAGACGCAAAUGGGUGAUGGGGCGUUGAAUAGAAAAGUUUCAUCGUCUUGUAGGUCAUUGGAACGAUUGUCACGUGGACCAGGAAGAGUUUCUAUUUGGAGCGAUCAAGCACCAUUACAAGUGCCACAUCCAUUUCAAGGGGCAUUGGGAAGCCAAAUUGUAUGCAAUGGAUGUGGAUUUAAGUCUACAGUACGCUAUGAUAAAUUUGACAGCAUCACUCUUCAUCUACCCGAUCAGAGGCGAUCCGGUCUAAGUUUGGGUCAUUUAUUAAGUGAAUUUAUUGCUUCUGAAAAUCUAACUGGAGUCAAAUGUGACUCGUGCAGUGAAACAACAAAUCACACAAAAUCACUCACAUUUGCCAAAUUGCCAGCUUGCCUGUGCAUUCAUAUUUCACGUACCGUUUGGCUACCAACCGGACAGGUUUGCAAACGUCAAGAUUAUGUGCAUUUCCCAGAGAGUUUGUCAAUGGCGCCAUAUAGUUUUGUACAACCACAUUUGAAUAGUCAGGCCAACACACCAUGGGGAUCAACAAUGUCAUUGUUCUCAUCGAGUGUUCCCACUAACCCCAACAUGGACACAUUCAGCAAUUACAAUACAUUCGGUUCAAUGUUUCCACGAAACUUGUAUCGAUUGUUAGCAGUUGUUGUACAUUCUGGAGAAGCAAAUAGUGGACAUUUUGUAACCUAUCGCAGAGGAGCUUUAAGAAGUUCUCAUAGGUGGUUUUAUACAUCUGAUACUGUGGUUCGGGAAGUAUCAAUCGAUGAAGUGCUAAGCGUGCCAGCAUAUCUGCUAUUUUACGAUCGAGGACCACAAAAGAUGCCCGGUUCGAUUAAUAUGCGCUGAAAGAAUAACUACAAAAAAAUCAAAAGUCUAAAAAGAUAAACAAAACAAUAACAAUUGCUUCAAAGAUACAAAAAAAAUAACUACGUUUUCAACGCCCCACCAAACUGCGUCGUCUUCAGCGGAUUCAAUCAAAACAACCGAGCUAGUUUUUUGUACUUUGUUUUGUUUUCUUUUUAAUUUUUUUUAAUACGAGACUAAAAUUGAAAAUUACAUUUAGAACUUUUUUUUAUUUAUAACUCACGUCAUUUUAAAAAAUUUAUAGCA